AUGGGCGCGCUCAAGUCGCUCGACACCGCGGACAGCCCCUCUGCGCUCCGAGCGGGCAUCGCCGCCGCCAGGCCGCACGUGGGAGUGCUGCCUGCCUUGGCCGAGGAGGUGAGCGCGGCGGAGUCGCGGCUGGAAGAGCUGUCUGUCACCGAGCCGGCCGCGGCGGAGGUGGCUGUUGCUCGGCCCGUCGAGAUAGCCCUGUCGGACCUCACCGCGGCUACCGACGGGUUUGCAGAGGGCAAGCUGAUUGGCAGCGGCGGCUUCAGCCACGUCUACGAGGCGUCGGCCGACCUCCACCUCUCCCUCGCCGCGCCUCCGCAGCUGCGCCACUUGCCGCUCGUCGUCAAGCGGGCAAAGUCGGGCCAGUCGGGCGGCUUGUCUCGGGCGGAGCUCGAGGUGAAGCUUCUCAAGGCGGUGAGCCACCCGCACCUGCUGCCGCUGCUCGGCUACUGCCUCUCGCCCGACGGCGUCUGCCUCCUCUCGCCGCUGAUGCGCGGCGGCUCGCUCGAGGCGCGACUGCGUAUCUCGGAUCCCGACUGCGCGGCGCAGCUCCGGCGGCUGGGCAUGGAAGAGCCGCCGAGGCCGCUGACGUGGCGGCAGCGCGUGCGGGUUGCGUGCGAGGCGACCGAGGCGCUCGUCUACCUCCACUCGAAGGGCAUCGUGCACCGCGACGUCAAGCCGGACAACAUCCUGCUCGACGAGAAGCUGACGGCCGUGCUCGCCGACACGGGUUUUGCCAAGGACCAGCGCCCGGACGCGUCUGUCCGCUGCCGCUCGACUGCCGCCCUUUACAUGACCACGGGCUACCUCUGCCCCUCCAUCAUCAAGGGGGGCGAGUACUCGAGCAAGACGGACGGCUACGCCAUCGGCAUCACUCUCCUCGUUUGCCUCACCAACCGUUCCGAGGUG